AUGCCCUCGCGUCCCUGGGGCCUCCCUCUCCUGGCCUCGGCGUGCGGCGGCGCGCGGGCGCUGCGUGCGAGGCCCGCGCAGGACGCCGUAUCCGCCUUUGACUUCGAGCCCCUCGGCGCCACCUCGCCGCCGCGCGCGCCCUGGGCACCGCCUGCCGACGACUGCGCUUCCAAAGCGAGAGAAUCCGCGUCGUCGCUCUACAUCCCCGGCAGGUACGAUGGCAUUGGGGGCACGGCGCACAGCAUCAUCUUGGGAAUGGCCGUGGCGGCGGAGGCCGACAUGAAUUUCGGGGGCAUGCUGACGGAGGCCAUAAACAUUAACGGAACCCACAUCAGAUGCGACUAUUGCGGAAAGCAAGCUUUCUCCCAGCAUUCUGGCGGACCGGGCACAUUGGGUCAGAUAGCGGGCUUCUUUGGAGUCGGCAGGGCGAGCAGGCUGUUCAGGACGACGACGCCACCGAUCGACGCUGCGGUAGGUCGUCUUGAGGACCUGCACCAGAAGCCGCUUGCUGGCAAAGCCAAUAUUUUAUACAACACAUUUUGCGACAAGUGCGCGCUGGAGUAUGGCGGGAAGGCUCUUCCCGCUUUGACUCCAGGCUUCCUGGACGCGCUGCGGGCGCGAGUCAGAGGUGCAAUGAGCCCCUGGUUUGGUCAGGCCGAUCUCUUCAGGCCAGGCGCCCCGCGGGUCGCCCUGCACGUCCGGCGCGGCAACGACGUAGGGCACGGCGCGGGCGGCAUGCGCUUCACUCCGGACGCCUACUACUUCCUGAUCGCACGCUAUGUCCGGAGCAUCCUGCCCACGGCGGACAUCCACGCUUGGAGCUCGACGGAGGGCAGGCACAGCGCGUCCGACUUCGAGGAGUACGCCCGACACAACAUCACCGUCCACCUCGACGGCGACCCCAUGCACGCGUGGGCGCACAUGGCCUCGGCGCACGUCCUCGUGAUGGCGAAGAGCACCUUCAGCCAUAUCCCCGCGAUGAUCAACCCCGCGUGCGUGAUCUAUCCAAAGGGCCCUGGAGCUACCGCAACCCUGGCCGCUGGCUGGACCAGGCCGUGA